GGACACCAGCUGAGCGCGGGCUGGGGUGCAGCACCUCUGCAGGGGCGCACGACCACCCACUCCCUAGGGAGGGACUCCCCCCGCCCUUCCCCCUGCACGCCCUUCACAGCGGUGCGCACACACCACACGCUUUCCCGGCGCAGACACACAACAUGGCAGACUCACAAUCAGACCCGUGGGACCCACAGACCCAGGGUCAACACACUCACAGGGCAGCCCUGGACACACACACGUGCACCCUCCCCAGGAAUGCGCAGGGACCCCCAGCAGGCCCUGGGCAAGAAAGGCCUCAGCCCUACAGAACGGGCAUACAUCCAGGACCACCAGUGCAGAUGAACAUGCAGCUUUGUACUCUGUCCCCGCCGGGGGAAAUAUCCACAUCUAUAUACUUGUGCGUAAACUCAGAGGACUUAGAGUGAGCCUCCUUUGACAGCACCAACGCAAUACCAGGUGGAAAAACACACAGAAGUAACAUUCCUGAAACUCUGGAAGGACAAUCCCAGGGACUCUUCCCUGGUGUUGGAAAAUUAGAAACUCAGGAGACAGAGGAGCCAGCCCUCAGAGCUCCUUCCUUUAAAAUCUUUCUGAAACAAGGCAAGACACAAAUAAACAAAUUAAUUUAAAGCCACAGUGCGAGUCAUAAAGAUAACAAAAGAAUCAAGACAAACUUUGGAAUAAUGGAGGUGUAGAUAUGAAACAAGCUGAGUUGGAAUCAAUGAGAAAAUAGGCCCACCACUACCUCAGGAAGGUUCCAGGGUAGAAUCCCACCCCAACCUCAGGAAAGUUCCAGGGAAGAACCCCACCCCUACUCCAACCAGGUCACAAUGGCUGGAGCUCUGAGGGGCCCAGGUCCCCUGAGCCAGGAGGAGAGGAGGAAAUACAAAGAAAGAUGGCUUGCAGUCACCCUGACUUCAACCUGCCCGACCUUACCCAGCCAUCGCCGCCCUCCACUCCACCCAGCCUCCCCUCGCACCAGCGCUGCCGGCCCUCUGAUGCCACCAAGGGCCUGUUCGUGGCUCUGCUGGGUGGGGGACUGCCUGCUGGCUUUGUGGGCCUCUUCUGCCGCAUGGCUUACCAGGCUUCCCACUUGCCCUCGCUGGAACUGCUCAUCUAUCGAUGCCUCUUCCACCUCCCCAUUGCCCUGCUACUUAAACUGCGUGGCGACCCACUGUUGGGACCUCCUGAUGUCCGGCGCCGGGCUUUCUUCCACGCUGUGCUCAACGUCCUCAGCAUUGGAUGUGCCUACACUGCGGUUCAGAUGGUGCCCGCUGGCAACGCUGCCACCGUUCGCAAAGGUUCUUCCACUAUCAGCUCUGCUCUUCUUGCCCUCUGCCUCGAGAGCCAGGGUCUCAGCAGCUAUGACUGGUGUGGCCUGUUGGGCAGCACCCUGGGACUAAUCAUCAUUGUGGGACCUGGACUAGGGACACUGCAGGAGGGGACCACGGGCCUCUACACUGCCCUGGGCUAUGUGCUGGCUUUCCUGGGAGGACUGGCACUGUCACUGGGGCUUCUGGUCUAUCACUCACUUCACUUCCCCUCUUGUCUACUGACAGUGGCCUUCCUAUUUGGCUUGGUGGGGCUGUUGGCCUCUGUGCCAGGCCUCUUUGUGCUGCAGACCCCUGUGCUGCCCAAAGACCCUCUGAGUUGGAUCUGUGUGGGGGCAGUGGGGAUCCUUUCCUUGGUCUCCUUUGUGUGUGUGAGCUAUGCGGUCACCAAGGCCCCUCCUGCUCUGGUGUGUGCUGUCCUGCACUCUGAGGUGGUGGUGGCCCUAAUGCUGCAGUACUAUGUGCUCUAUGAGACCGUGGCACCUUCUGACAUCACGGGGGCAGGGGUCAUAUUGGGCAGCAUUGUCAUCAUCACGGCCCGGAACCUCAGCUGUGAGAAGGAAGGGCAGGUGGAGGAAUGAGAUCUAACUUGAGAGGCUGGGGGGUUGUGGAGGGGGGCAGGGGUAACUAGAAAGAGAGACCAGAAUACAUACGUGGGAGAAUGAAUGACUGGAAAAGAAGUGGUGUGGGGGAGGGAUACCCCUCGAGUCAAGGGUGACUUGGGGACUUGGUGGAGAGGGACUACCUGUGAAAUAAAGCUCCCUACACCCUCAUAACGUACGCUAUCUGCUUCUGUAGAAUUGCUUGCUUAACCUAAGUAACUCCAUUUUGCCUCCUAUCUGACCUGCACACUACCCCCCCCCCUUCUGCAUGAGGAACAGUUGACCUCAUAGAAACAAAAGCCAUUGCAUUGAAACAGGAGCCAUACAUA